GGAACAGGGUGAGAAAGCACCUGGGUGUGUUAUGUGAGAACGGGGAAGUCCCUCUCUCAGAGCUGCUGCUUCCUAUACAGGCUUGCAGGCAGUCUGUGACUUGUUGGCUGAAUCUAGAGGGGACUUCGGGGGAAUGAGAAAAGACUGGGAAUGCAGAGGGACGUGUAAGAUAGAGGGCCUGGGGGAAUCAGGAACUUUGAGGGUGCAAAUAUAGGAAACUGAGGAAAGAGAAAAGGAGGACGCAGGUCAGUGCAGCUGGAAAGGCAGAGGAGUAGGGAAACCCUUAACUAGAUCAGAGGCUGCACAUCAGAGUGUGCACUGCAGAAGGUGCACAGCUGUGCAUUACAGUGUCAGCUCCCAGAGAGACUUGUGCAUUACAGAAGUAUACAGUAUAGAGGAGGGUCAACCAAGAAUGGGAGAAUGAGAGCUGAGAUAGAGAUCAUAAAUAAAAAUAAUAAGAUGCAGGAUGCUCAAAAGCUAAAAGACAUUACUAGGUGCAGUAAGAAAACUAACUAAUAUUGCUUGCCCCAAACAAAUAUUAAAAGGGGAGGGGAGAAAAGAGACAUAAGACAGGGAAGAGAAGAAGGGAGGAGAGAAAUAGAGAGAGGAGAGUGUCACACCAUAGUGUCAUUUCUAGUGCUGUGCUCCCUGGGGAUCAUUGCAACUGUUCUUCAUGGAGUGACAUCCAGUGAUUUACCAAUGGACAGCCAUUACAGCCACACUGCUGGAGCCAUGGAGACCUCAUCUCCCUUGGACCUCAGCAUAAGAAAGAGCAUGAACAUGUUGGAGGUCAUCUCAAUGAGCCCCUCAGAAUUUUGGACAAGAGGGUGUAAGCCCCUGAAAGAGGUGAAGUUGGAGAAUGCAAAGCAGCCAGCAGAGGGCCAGAAUGAUUCAUUUGAGGAACAAGGACUGUACAAAGACCAAGCCUGUUUGCCCCUGCGGAAACGCAAGUACCCUCCUUCACCCAAGGAGGAUGGACCCCAUUUAAAAUACACCGAUGAAUAUUCAGAGUGGACCAGGAAAUGCUAUAGUCAUCCUUAUAUGGCAGUGUCACUGCCAGCAUACUACCAAGGGAGUGCUGCCGCAUAUUUACCAUCCACGUUACCCCUGUACUCAGCUCCUGCAAUUAUGAACCCACCCCUCCUGAGACUACUGCCACCAUAUCACACAGCGCUGCUUCCUACUGACACAGAUGUCCAGGCCGAUAUCAGAGCAGCUACGCAGUCGGAUGAAGAUGGAGACACAGCAUUGCAUAUUGCGGUGGUUCAUGGAAACAUUUCAGCUGCCCAGCGGGUGAUCUCUCUGCUUAAACAUGGCAGAAAAGAAUUGGAUAUACUCAACAACCUCAGACAGACACCACUUCACCUUGCUGUAAUCACUGAUCAUCCAGACCUUGUGGCUCUCCUUCUGGAACACGGAUCCUCACCCCAGAUUCCUGAUCGGAAUGGACAGACGUGUGUUCAUUUGGCAUGUGAAUAUGGAAGUAUGGGCAGCCUGGAGGUCCUGAUGAGAGCUGGAACUAGGAAUCUGGAAGCCACUAACUACCAAGGUAUGACUGCUCUACAUGUGGCAGUCAGCACAGGACGUAGGGAUAUCACUCUGUGUUUGCUGGAGCAUGGAGCUGGCGUUAAUGCCGUGGACAUAAAGAGUGGUCAGAGUCCUAUUUUCCAGGCUGUGGAGAGCGGCUCUGAUGCGCUAGUGUCUCUUCUUCUUCAGCAUGGUGCUAAAGUCAAUGCAGUAUCCUAUGCUGGUAACACAGCCUUGCACGUGGCAAGUGGACGAGGUCUUGUGGAGAUAACACGGUUACUUCUGAAAAGCGGAGCAGAUGGUAGUAUAAAGAAUUGUCACAACGAUACAGCCAUGAUGGUGGCGAAGGACAGAAAGAUUGCAGAUAUCAUCCGGGGAAAGUCGUCUUCUCCACAUGGUCAAAUUGAGAGAAUAAGGAGAGAAAACAUAGACCCUUCAUGUUCUUCACCACUACAAAUAACAUCGUCCAGUUGCAGCCCUUAAAUUGCUCCUCGAUAAAAAGUCCAUUAUUCUUCCUACCUCAUACUCUGUCUGUGACCACUAUGGGGGAGAAGCAUCAAGCCUUGGAGAGAGAUAAUUUGCUGAAGCUGCCCAAAGCAUCACUCAACUUCUAACUGUCCUUUUAUCUAGCAUAGUUUUUGAAAUGACAGCAUCUGAUUGGUUGCUUUGGGCAACUACUCCACUCUCUCUCCAAAGCUUGACACAUCUCCCCUUAUAUGAGAAGGGGUUCUUUUAAUUGAAAGCCCUUUGCCUGCCUAGUAGGAACUACAGUACAAUGCCACAGAAUUCACCCAGCGCAAAGACGUUCUAAUUGUGAAAAUUUACCAAAGACACUUCAAGGACCAAACGAGGAGAGACAUCUCAUAAACUGCCAACAGAACUCAACCACAGCAUUAUAUUGUUCCUUGACACAACUUAGUGGUGACAAAUGACCCUUUUCCUGAUGCAGUGACACAUUCAGAAAACCUUCUAGAUGACCUUGUAACUGUUCCUGUAACGCAAUACUAGAAGGUCAUUCACCCAUCCAUGAUGGAAAAAGAAACUGUUCUUCAACGUAAGGAAGGUACUGGCAGUAUGCUUGCUUGCAUUUGAAUGAUGUGUUAUGGUGGAGGGGGGCUGUGUGACAUGGUUUUUCUGCAGGCUUUGC